AUAUUAAUUCAGGGAAUUUCUCGUCAUGCGUUUUUAAAAUGGCGGAAACCUCGGAAGAAGGACAAUCACGAAACGAAAAUGAACUGGAAGAUGGCGAAAUAGACGAUUUAGAAGAAGGGGAGAUAUGUGACGGCCUAUACGAAACCGUAGCUCACAGCAUUCCCGGUGAGAAAGAAGAGAAACACGGCAAGGCAAGAGCCAGGUCGACAAGCUACAACAACCAGAAAUAUGAAGAUUUCACAAACAAGCAAAAGAAAGCUCCUCCUAACACGAAGGGUUUUCGGUAUAGAGUUCAGAAAAAUACGUAUAUCUCCAGGAAAUACAAAAAGAAUACACGAACACGCAAUUCUUUUAAAAGAAGUUUUCUGAACAAAAGACGUGACGAUGUGAAUGCUUCGACCCGAGAAGAGAGAAGCGGUAGGAAGAAUGGCGAUUAUGAUUCCUCGGACCAGGAACAUGAUAAGCCUUCGAAUGAAGCCAUCUCGGAUCAAAGAGAUGAUGAAAGUCCUGAAGAUUUCAUGCUCUUGCUGGAGCGUUACAAGGAAGUCCAGGAAAACCUCGAUCGAUUUGAACCCAAUUCGCAGUCAUCAAGGGAAGAACUAAUUGACGAGACAUUUUUUGAUGUACCUUUAAAUAAUGAUGGCAAACCAGAAGACAAAAUAGAUGCGGAAAUACGACAUUUGGAAAUGGUGUUUGGUACUACCACACAUGGUAGCAGCCAAGGCGGUCUAGCGCUUUACCCAUACAUUGACAAUGCAAUCCAUUGCAAUCCCCCAUCGACCUUUCCCAAAACUCAUCCCACUUCCGCUCGUUUUGACUACCUCGAAGGAGUGUAUGCUGAUGGCUCCGCGACUUUCCAUGAUCAUUCAGCCGCAGAUCGUGACAACGAUACCUUGCAAGAUCAUCCAGAUUCUACCAAAACAAAUUAUGGCGAUACUACCAAAAAUUAUCAGCAGUACAACCCGUCAGGUCCUCAAAACAUCCCUACAACCUACAAAGAGGGCGGCGAGAAGCCGUUCUUCGGCAUCUUCGAACCGUUUCGAAUAAAGACGCCGCCAAAAAAAGUGCGCACCUUAAGCGAGCUCAAUAGAAUUGACUUGGUCGCCAGAGGCUUGACGGAACCGGAAGCAAAUGCACUCCGGGCUUCCAAGAUUUCGCCUGCGGGUACAAAAAAGAGGGCGAGAAAAAGAUCGAAAUCAAAGCCGAAGAAAUUUACCAGAGAAAGUGCAAGACUCGAAGAAGAGGAAACAACGACGAAAAAAUCCAUGAAGAACCGAUUUCCAAGUGAUGUUCAGGGGAAGUUGAUGGAUGACUUUGAAAAAAUCGAUGAUGAUGAGAAUAGGAAUCUGCUGAAUAGAACACAAAAUCACGAAAGGCAAAAAAGUUCUUUUGAAAAGGCUGAGGAUUAUCGAGAAUGGCCAAUGGAGGUCGAGGAUUCUACCGACGGCGUGCUCGAAUCUCGUCAAACGAGGUCACCUGUUAUCCACAAAUAUCCACGCGAUCCUCAUCGUUCACCUUCUCCCGAAGGUCCAUUUAGUCAUCAUUACUCGGCAUCCCACAUCCCUUCGUUGAUGGAAGUUAUGCCCGCUGGAUACUACACUGAUUACCAUGGUCAGUGGGGUAGGGAAUCCGAGGAAGAUAAUCGUAUGCAGUCGUGUGACGAAGACUACACGAACACAUUACCGGAAAAAGGUCGGCCAUUUAGAGACUCCACGGUCACAGAACCACUCGAAGAAAAAAUGUCUGAGGUGCCUCAUCCGUCCAGCAAAACUCAAGAUGUUGAAAUCGACGAUGAAAUGAGCGAGUUGGUGUUAAGAGAACAACUGCUGAAGUCGAUGGUCAACAAGCGAACAGCUAAAAGUGCAAGUAAUGUGGUAGCUGAUCUUCAUGAAAAGGCAUCAACGUCCUUAUCGUCGAGGAACAGUCGACCCGCUUCACCUAUGGUGGAGAGUGAAAUGAGAAAGUUGCAGGAGCCCGGGAAUAAUGAAACAACUAAGGCUGGCCCACCGAAGGUCGCCAUUAUCCCUCCUCCGAAACACGAGCCCGUGGUGAUUCGUCUCGGCGAGAGUUCGGAAGACGAAAGCGAGUCUGAUGAUGACACUUCGACUCAGGAGGGGUUGGAUUCCUUCUUCGGUGGUUUACAUACUUUUAUCAAAGAAGCGAGAGAGCGUUCGUCAAAGUCAAAGGCCGAAUUGGCUGCAAAAGAAGAUGCUGACGUUUCAAACACCGUUCAACCACCGACUCCGACCACACCCGAAAUCGUCUCGGUUCUUUCCGAAGAAAAGCGCAACGAAUACAAGCAGUUGAAAUUAAAACUGGCAAAAAAAGAACAACAGAGGGGAGUUGUCGUGAAUAAGAAAGAUCAAUCAAACGCGGGAACGAGAAACGCGCAUGCGCACAAGGUAUCUCAGGGAAAUUUGAAAGUUGAUGUAAUUGAUAACAAGAAGGCAGGAUCCAGCAAUGGCUUACUAGAGCAAAGGAAAAAUGUUUAUGAAGAAAAUGUUUUAAAGAAACAGAAAGAAGUUCUAAAAGGCGCAAAUUCACCGAGCGAACUCAAACAACAUCGGCACGAAGUUGACGGCUCGAGCUUCGGUUUAACGGAAGCGCAUCAAGCUGCUGAACUCCGUCGAAAAGUACGCGAUUUCAGCGAAAUGUUAUUGAAAUGCAAGCAAUUGGUGAUACAGGACAAGAACAUGCUGGACAAAUGCAAGCAGCAGAUCGAAAGCAGUUCCAAAGCUUUGAAUGUACACGAGAGACGAGUGUCUGCCUUGAGGCAGCAGCUGAACCGAGCGGAACGCGUUAAAAAAGUACAACACAGUCUCGUGGAAAAACUAAAAGCAGAGAGCGCAAAGAUCGAGCGAAGGAUCGUAAAAAGACAAUCUGAAGCGAACGAAGUCGAGGAACGCUUACUUAGGGCUCGAGCACUUCUUGGUAAGCAAAAGACUCGAAGUUCACUGGCAAGGGCGGGAAAGGAAGUGAUGAAUUCUGGGAAAGAUGACACGAAGAAGGCAUCUAACACCGGUAAAAUGCCCUUGACCUUAGUCGAUGUCACCGAGAUGACGAAUACCGAGAAAGACGCUCCAUCAAAGCAAGUGCAAUCCGGUUUUGAAACUCCCGACAAUGUGAGCAAAACAAAGCUUCGUGGAUUGUCGCGAAUCGUCGACGAAUCUGCAUCACCUUCAGUCGAGAACGAUGGUUCACAAAGUCACAAGUUGAAUGGCAACAUAAAAGAUGUCCCUUCGUUGACUGCUCCUGCUCAAGAAUCUACUGCAGCCGAUGAUAAACAGAGGGAAGAAAAGAAACGAUUAGAAAAUUUGGAGCAACAGCUCUCACAAAAACUGCGACAGUCGAAUUCGCGAAAGCUUUACUUGCCGUCCAAACCUAAGCGGAUUGCUCUUAAUUCCGGAAACCGACGUGAUCCGCCGUCACUUCUCGAAGACAAAAGGUCCAAUUCUGACAGCGAAAGAACGAUGAACAAUUUCUUCCGUACGGGCAGUACCACUGAACUUUCCCCUCUUGCUAAAUCCAUUGGGAACGAUACCAAAGACGGGUUCGACAAUAAGGUUUCGGCAACCCAAUCGUUUUGGGGUGUAUUUAAGGACAACAACAAGUUGGAGAACAUUAAAAAAGUCCAAAUCCAACGCGAAGAAUGCGGACCUGAUUUUGCCAAUUUGAAUAUCGAUGUGUCUUUACUUCCUUCACUUUUUUCAUCCCCAAAGUUCACCAUGGUUUCGCGUUUCAACGAUGUCUGGGGCUGCCUGUCUGCACUGCCAGAUAAAACAGAGUCUUCGAAAGAAUGCUCGCGUUCAAAGUUAUCUGUGUCGUCGAAUCACCGUGAAAUUGGUCCUUAUAGGAGUCCCUUAGUAUAUUUUCGAUCAUACAGAUUCAGUCCUUAUUUCCGAACAAAGGAAGGGUUGACCCUCGACUCGCCAACUUUCACCCAUCUCAUCAACCCUCGUCUUCCUUUCUGCUCCUUUGCCCUGCAAGGUGUGUGUAACGACUCCGAGUGCUUAAACCAACAUCCCGAUGACGUCUUACCGAAAAACAAACAAAUUCUACAGGAUCUCGCAGCGUACUUUGUGCCCGCGAGGCAUGACAACAGCGGUGACAAUGAUUUCUCUAAUGAUACCACGCAAUCCAUUGAACGCACAAUAGACGAGGUCUCUAAGCAAUAUGGCAGCAAAGUUUCUGUCUCCGAGCUACGGGUUUUGUUUGUCAAUUAUCUUCGAAAGAAGCAAAAAUCUGCGGGAGUAUACAACGUAAUCUUGGAGCGCAGGCAUUGGACUCCACGCUCCGAUACGAAAAAGAAUCCCGGAAUAACGGUUCAAGGUGAAAGUCCGGUAGUGCGAACCACAUGCACGUUUACCUGGAAAGGCUGGCGAAGGAAAAUGGAGAAGGAAAUAAAAGCACGCAAUGGUGUCCAGGAUGAACGUCAAGAAAUUCGAUACUUUUCGGAGAAUUACGACAGUAUAAAGACGCUAGAACAUGCCAUAAGUGAAACGCCCCAUGACGAAACUUUGUGGAUACGGCUCGCCAUGAUUUACAUGGAAACGUGCCAGGGCAAGAGAAAUGGUGACGAAAACAAUAACGACAAGAAGAAAUCCAUCGAUAAAGCACUCAAUAUCCUCUCAAAAGCAUUAGAGUGUAACCGUCAUUCAGAGAAACUUUGGCUUAAAUACCUGGACGUUUAUAAGCAACGAGCUCAAAAAGAAGAACUGUACGAAGUAUGCGACGAAGCGGUUGUGCUUGCGGGCUCGUAUGAUGUCUGGUGGGUCUAUAUGGACAUUGCGUACGACUGCAAACAGAAAACUCUUAUUUGUAUGAGGUGCAUUGAAUAUCUCAUGUUUGCAAAGAUGGACUCAGUGCUGAAGUCGCAUCGUUUGUUGGAGGUUUUUUUAUAUCUUGUGCAAUUGGACUUGCUCUCAGAUUCAUAUAAAAGUGCACUAGAGCGAUUUCGAGUAGUUCUCAAUUCCUCGGAUGCCAAGCAUGGUCUUAAUAAGGACGCGGAUACCAAACAUGGUCUUAAUAAGGACGCGGAUACCAAGCAUGGUCUUAGUAAGGACGCGGAUACCAAGCAUGGUCUUAAUAAGGACGCGGAUACCAAGCAUGGUCUUAAUAAGGACGCGGAUACCAAGCAUGGUCUUAAUAAGGACGCGGAUACCAAGCAUGGUCUUAAUAAGGACGCGGAUACCAAGCAUGGUCUUAAUAAGGACGCGGAUACCAAACAUGGUCUUAAUAAGGACGCGGAUACCAAACAUGGUCUUAAUAAGGACGCGGAUACCAAACAAAAAACUCACGAAAGUCUAUCUUUCAUCUCCGAGAAAAUGAAGUGCGACGAUUUUUGUUUGCUAUGGCUUUGCUACAUUCAUAUUGUGGAAUUUUCAUGUCUGCCCCGCGAACUUUAUGAUCCCUCGCGUACGGGUCACGCAAGAAUCACGCGCAAGGAGAGCGUGACGUUUCCAUGGAAGCCUUCCGGUGGCACGCGUCAGAGUUUUGGGGAACUUUCAAAACUGUUUCAACGCGCUAUAAAAGACUGUACUGAUGCAUUUGUAUCGUCUAAGGAUAUAAAUCCACUGCUUUGUCUACUUACUAAUCUGAAAGCUUUGGAGAGAGCUACCGGUAAAGAUGCAUCCUCGUUACGUUCGUGUCAGCGGUUAUUGAAGGCCCAUUCAAAAAACAUCGACUUUUGGUUGUGUGCUUGUGCGCUCCAGAGAGCCUCCGGUAAUCAAGCCAGUGCUGUAAACACCUACAAGAAGGCUCUGGAAGCGUGCAACGGACAUGCGCAGAUUGCUUACUGUGCAGCAAAGUAUUAUUUUGAAAUGGAAAAGCGCGAGCUUUGUCUUGAUGCAUUACGAAAGUGCGUUUACACGAAGUUCGUUUUGGAAGUACAAAGCCCGGGCCCUAAAACCCGGGCGAGGUCACAUGACAAACCUCGGAUACUCCAGCCCGAGCCUGGUCUCUUAUACAAGAAAUUACUUUCGCAGACCCUGCCAUUGGAUUCCAAGCUGCCGUCUCUUAAAGUGAAUGUAUGUGAUUUGGAAUCGGAGACUACUUACAUAUGGCUGUGCUAUUGCUUACAUCUUGAGUUGAUCUCUGAACCUAACCGUCGACAUAUUCGUACAAAAUCUGCCUACGAAACUGCUAUAUAUGGCACAAGUCACAGACACGAUGUGAAGAUUCUGUGGAUGGAGUAUAUACACUACAUGAUUCGCAAGUUGAAUGAUGGGAUACACGCAUCAGAAGAACUUCAUUACGUGUUUAAUCAGUGUUUAAGCAACGUACCCGUGGUCACUCCAGUAAAUUAUACUUCGCUCAUAUCGUGGUCGGAUUACACCUUUCACAAUCAGGUGUUGACUUUGUUUCGACGUUGUUUGGGCGAUGCUUUCACUGUUGACGUUUACGAAAGAUACUUGGAUAUGUUUCCUGACAACGCUCAGUUGGCAAUACAAACUGUUGAACUCUCUUAUUCGAAGAAGAUGCUGAACAAAACGAGAAAAAUUCUUUCCAAUAUUCUGUUGAAGACACCUUGUUGUUUGGAACUGUGGAAGAUAGCAAUUUCCAUUGAACUGAAGGAACAAAAUUUUGACGAGGCGAGACUGCUGUAUGAGCACGCGACAGAAACUCUUCCUUUCGUUGCAUCACUAUGGAAAGAUUUUGCGAUGUUUGAACUAACUCACGGAAAUAGUAAAACGGAGACGCUACAACGCAUCGUAAGCAAGGCAAAAGAACGCGCUAUCGACUUGGAAUUGUAUUUCAAAGAGUUGACCUCUUGAAGUAAGAUCAUGUUCAUUCAUGAUUAUAUCUGAACGCCUGGAGAUUAACGUGGGAAAUCACAAAAUUAUCGUGGUUACUUUCUCAAAACGUGAAUUGGUCACGUAUUAUCGUGUGCACUCCCUUGUGAAUCUUUGUGUGGUUUCGUUUUGUCGUGUCCACUCGCUUGUGAAACGUGGAGUGAACAGGUCACGAUUCAUGUCUGCAUUCUGAAAUUUGUAAUUGAUCAUAUGGUCACAGUGGUAAGUGAUUAAUAUAUUUAAUAAAUUUGUCGUUCUUGUCCAUAAAUUUAUUUUAAUAUGCUCGAAUUUGCUCAAAAAGAUGAGCUAUCAAUGACGUUUGUCGAGUAUCGUGUGGGAAUCGAGCAACAAAAUUAUCAGUCUUUUGACAUGACGCAUUAUGUUGUUCGUCACCGCUGGACGAUAUCCGCGCACUUGAUGUGUGCGAACUCAAUAUAGACAUGAUAUUUUUUAAUAUAUUUCAUAUAUACAAUUAUUUUUGUUGCCAUUUGGCGCAAUUGAUGUGUAAUAAAUCCCUUAUGUUUUUUUUUUCAUUUAAACUGUGUUGAAUGUUCAUUUAGGUGUUCUGCUAUUGCGUUAUUUUCGAACUACGUUCAAGAGUGCAUAGCUCACAAUGAUUAUCAUGUUUGUUGAAUUCUCAAAAUGCUCCCCAAUUAACCCGAUGAAUCCUCAUAAUGCUCCCAAUGUACCCGUAGAGUCCUCCUACUGCUCCGCAAUCUUUCCACCUUUUAUGACUCGUGGUUUUAAAUAUAUACUAGUCGUAUUGCUUUUAGAUAUAGGGCUUUAAGUGAGGGACAUCGCAGUUGAAAGCUCAUAUUUUAAAACUUUUUGAUGUUGAUUAUUUGUUGUGGUUUAUCUUGUCUAAAAAGAAGUUUCCUUAGAGCAUUAGAGUCACACGAAAAGUUCUUUUUUCUCUGGUGGUGAUAUUUGUCCCCCUUUUUGCUAUUAUGCUUUCCCUUCCUUGCAAACAAGUUGCUUUUCAGCUGAUGAAAUCACUCAUUGGGUUACUGAACGUGCUUGAUGAUGGAGGUCAUGAUGUUCACAUUGUUUCGCGAAACGAAAUGAUUCAACUCACAUUGAUUCGACAAGAGUUUUUUCUGGUUAUAAAAUAGUCGACUGAUUGCCUACGAAGGGUCAUCAGGACUUCUUGAAGUACAGCUCUAUAAUUUGGAUCCUGCAAUGAAAAAUCUUUGAAUAGCAUGUUUUCAAGAAAACACCGAACUUCAAUGGCUAAAUUAUCUGAUAGGAAUUCGUCGUGACUAUCAAAGAGCGUAUUUUAUAACCUGUCAUGCUCAACAUUGACUCUAUAAAGGACUUUUUUGUUUCUUUUUACUUCUGCUCUUAUUAAUGAUGAAUUCAUUUUCUCAUGUAAAUACGUUGAGUAUAUUUUUGAAUAAAUUAUUUCUGUCAUGAAAA